ACCACGAUCUCUAAACUACCCCUUUAUGUUUCUCUCUGUCUCUCUCUCUCUCUCUGAACUCCCCCCAAUAUCUCUCUCUGAACCCAACCAAACCUAAACCCAAAAACAAUGGAGAACUCCACCGCUUCAUCAUCAAUCUCCCCACCAUCUUCGUCGCCAAUCACCUUCUCCCCCUCAACCGAACCCGACCCAUCAUCAAACCCACAACCCACCAGCGCCUCCAACAGCCUUACCGCUUUCUCAUCAGAUACAAUGGAGAGCUCAUACCGCUUUCUCUUUUCUUUUCACCUUCGAAGAUAUGAGCUCUUUAAUUUUCUAUUCGUUGAUAUUAUUAAAAAUAAUUGCAGGAAAGUUUGAAGAUCAUCGGAUCUGAGGGAAGUUAUUCGUCGACUGGCGGUCUAAUUCCGGAGAUCUCGGGAUCGAUUAGAAUUCACGGCGAUCGGAAGGGAAUUCUAGGGUUUUGGACACAGAAUUUGACGAGUCGAGUUACUCAGAUAAGAUCCUCGCAAUGCUUCCUGAAGCUGCAGAGACAAAGCUUCGACAGAGAUGUCCUAUUGCGAUUUCAUUUCCAAAUUACUUGACAUUUGAUUAUUGUCACCCAGGACAUCUGCAUGGGAUCUAAGAUGCUCUUUAUUGAUGUCAUGUUCACAGUUCAGUUUAUUCGGAAACAAAUAUUUGGGUAGACAUUGACAAAGAGGGAGAAGAAAAAGAUUGCAAGAACAUUAAUUGAUAUUGUUUGUGUUAUCCCAAUUGCAAUACUGAUGCUUCUACCGCAGAAAAAUGGCUGUUGGCAAAUCAGCGACGAACGUCGAGAUCUUCAAGCCUCGCAUCGACAAGCACGAGUACAGGAGGAUCGUCAUCUCGAAUUCCCUCGAGGCUCUCCUCAUCAGCGAUCCCGAUACUGAUAAGGCUGCUGCUUCAAUGGUGGUUUCGGUUGGAUACUUCAGCGAUCCUGAUGGCCUUGAGGGUUUGGCUCACUUUUUAGAUGGAGGGAAGCACAAAUAUAAGUUCUUCCAAUGGUUCGAGGUCCAUUCAGGAGUAAUCCAUGGAUCACUGUAUUUGGACACAAGUUUGACAGACUUGCAUCCCUAAUUUUGCUCCGAAGGCUUAAAUUUCAAAUAAUUGGAGCCUAAUUUCAGAUGGGAAGGUUAACUUGAGAGAAUCAACUAUCAUCCAAAAAGAGAUUCGAGGUCUCUCUCUCACUUAUCUCUCUCAAUAUGAUCCUCAUCAUCUCUUUGUUCCUGAUCUUUUUUGAACUUUUUUAAGGUGAGUUGAGUUUCCUGAUUCAGGUUUCCGUUUUAAGGUUUAAAGAUUUGGCCAAUUUCAGGUCAGUGUCCCACUCAUUUGGGUUUUGGUGAUUAUAUUGUUAGCAUUGGAUGGGAUUUGAGACUGCCUAUAUACUAUGAUUUUUUUGGGUGCAUUAUAUUAGAUUGCAUGUUUCUGCUGUGGUAAUUAGUUAAGAUUUUGUCAUCA